AGAGAAAAGGAAGACCUUAAAAACAGUACAAUUUUUACGGUGCUGGUAAAGCUGAAGCAGGAACUCUAUUGGAAAUAACAAAAAGAGCAGUAGCAGUGAAACCUCACUUAAAAAUAUCUAUUUAUUAUCUAGAACCCAGGCAGUUUUUAGGUCACAGCUAAGAGAGUUUACUCAUUUUUUUUACUCUUUUUUUAAUUGUCCUGUAAUUAAGGAACAUAGUGAAUAGCUCUUUAGUACAGUUGUUAAUAUAUUUGCCUAACAACUGAAAGAUCCCCAGUUCAAGAGUGGAAACAAAAAUCCUGGUUAAAUAUGCCACAUUUGCUGAUCCUCCUGCUCUGGUGACCCUUUCUAAAUAAAGAAGCAACAGGUAUUUACAACUGAGUUAUCAGCUUGUUGGUCCUCUUAUAUGGAUAAAUUAUGUAACAGAAAUACUGUAAUUAAAUUAAAACUCAAAUUAAUCUGGCAUUUGGCAUGAGUGAUCUGUAAUAAUCUAAUAUUAGCCAAUAAAGUGGGCAAAACCUGAUAUAAUAGUUAUUGGUGCAAAAGUACAUACACCAUUUUUAUAAAUAAACAUAUUUAUUAAUCAAAUAAUCAAGCUCACCUCAUAUUUUGUAGCUUAGAAAGUUUUCUGUGUUUGCAACCAGGUGGAAAAAAUGUGUCAACUAAUAUGUUUUUCUAAGGGAAUACAAACUCUGAAUUUCCCUGAUGCUACUUUAGUGACCGUUAUUUAAGGUAUAUUUGUAAUGUUAGUAAUUAAACCUGCAUUUUCUGUUUUUGUCUUUUUCAAUCACUUGGGGGCAGCAGAAACAAACGUUUUAGAAAGCUGACACAGAACAACCUUGUACAGUUUAUGAAAACAAGACUGGGAUUUAUUAUUUUGGUUUCCAUAAAUUUGAGGGGAAAAUAUCCAGUUUCAUAGAUGCUAACGUUUCUUCUAUAUUUACCUGCUAACUUUAGCUACUCUUUGGUGGCAGGCAGGUAGUGAAACAGUAUUUACUGGAGACUUUUCAGUAAAAUUAGCUGCCUAUUGAGGACAGAAACACAGGUGAAUAAGCAGUGAAGCUACAGGGUGGAAAACCAAACCAAGGAGUUAAAACUGGAUAAAAAGAGUCAGUGUCAUCCUCCUGUGGAAAACACGAUGACCAAGAUGUGCAUUUUCAUUCAACUGCUGCUCUUCCUUUCUCCUGUUUGUGGGCAAUUGAAAGUUGCAUAUGACUCCCCUUCUGUCAUAAUGACAUGGAGAGAUGCACAGGCAUACUGCAGGCACAACUACACUGACCUGGCCACUGUCAGAAACAAACAAGAAAAUGAACAUUUUGUUGACUACGGCUGGAUCGGAUUAUACCGAGAAGAUGCAGCAAGUCCAUGGAAAUGGUCCCACGGUGAUGAGAUAGCCACCUUCACCAUGUGGGACACUAAUGAACCAAAGGCACAGGGAAACUGUGUUUUUAAGAAUAAUGGAAAAUGGAUAGUCAGCGAUUGUGAUAAGGAGCGAUAUUUCACAUGUUGUACUGACCCUUUGGUUCUGGUGAAGGAGAAUAAGACGUGGGAGGAGGCAUUGGAUCACUGCAGGUCUCUGGAUAGAGUCAACACAAAUAAUCCAACCUUUUCAUACUGGAACCACCGCUAUGACCUGGUCACGCUGAUCUCUCCAUUUGACCAUACUUAUGCACGAGAGAGAGCACAAGAGGCUACCACUGAUGAGGUGUGGACAGGCCUGUGUAACCUGGCUGGUGAGUGGUUGUGGGUGAGUGGAGAGCAGAUGGAAUAUAAAAAUAUUCCAAGCUGCCCAUCUCACAGCUUUUGUGGCGUCCUUGAGAAGAACGGUACUGCAUCCUUCAGCAUGAGAAACUGCCAGCUGAGAAGGAACUUCUUCUGCUACAAGAAGCCCUAAAUGCACUCAAGGCUACACUUACUUAAGUACUGUACUUCAGUAUAAA